GUGGUGGGCGUGGCUUAGCGGGCGCUUCCCAAGCCGGGAUGUCAGGUCCGAACGGGGAGCCGCAGCUCCAUCUGGGGCGGGGCGGCGAGGAAGAGGAGGAAGAGGAGGAGGAAGGCUUCGGGGAGGCAGAAUACGCCUCCAUCAACUUGAUGCUGGACCAGAUCAACUCUUGCCUGGAUCACUUGGAGGAGAAAAACGAUCACUUAAACACCCAGCUGAAGGAGCUGCUGGAAUCGAACCGGCAAACUCGUCUGGAGUUCCAACAGCAGCAGCAGCUUGGACAGGAUGGGGAACCCCGAAAAGCUCAACCGGAUUCUUAAAGAGUUGAAAAUCAACUUUUGAAGGGUUGCAGCUGUCUGGCUCAUGAGGUUCGCCGGCAGAUUCUCUUCAAUCCGGCUUUAAAAAAAUAAUCACAGGAUCUCGUGGUCGAGUUGGAGGGAUCCCCAUACUGUAGAUCUUGUGGUUUUUUUUAUAAUUGAAAAAGUUUUAGAAAACAAACCAACAUUUCCCCCCCCCCUCAAAACCCCCUCCCCCCCCCGGCUUCCCGGAUCAAUCACAAGGUAUUAUUACGCAUAAGCCAAACAUAGACUAAAAUUUUCCCUUCCAACCCAAUUAGCCUCAUCAUCCGAGUCUUUUCAUUUCCUAACCUCCCCCAUAAUAUUCUAAGACAACACAUCCUUAUUAUUCAAAGGCAGCCUGAUAUCUCUUAAUCUGAUAUCUAUUUUGUAAAUAAUCAAUCCAUUUUUUUCCAUUCAAUUAAAUAUCUUUCCUGCGUAUUGUCUUUCUAAAGACUUAAAUUGAUCUUGAACUUAAUAACAGCAGCAAGACUGCUGACCGGACAAUAUUGGAAGAAAAAAGAAUUACCUACGAUAGAAGAAUGGAUAUUGAAAGUUAUCAACUUGGCUGAGAUGGCAAAAAUCUCAACCUUACUGUAGAUCUUGUUAAGUGUUUCUUAAGCAAGUUUUUUUUUUU